GAAGAUAAUCGUAUGAAACCCAUUUUUCAUUCACUCUUGGUUUUGGUUAGAAGUCUUUGAGUUAGAAAGAACCUAAGAUCGAUUUUGAAGGGCUGUCUACGAGAAACGACGUCACAGAAAAACUCGUGACAUCUUGAAUUUUCAUUUGUAAUCGGGUUACAUUUCCUUGCAUGGUAAAUAUUCGAUCUCUUUGAGUUUCAAAAUCAUCGAAAUUUCAUGGCUUAGAAGUUCACCUUCAGAAUCUCAGAUGGUUUAAGCUGUUGUUCAAACGUUUGGCAUCGAAAUCCUUCUCAGGAUCCAUUCCGGUCCAUCGAAACCUUAGCUGCUACUUCUCUCAUUGCCUUAACGAAACACGAAUUGAGCGUGCCUUUUAGAUAACUGUCAUGUCCGCCAGCGUCAGUCCGCCUCCAUCGAGUGAGAUGAAUAGCUCACACUCAAGUGAAGGUAGCAGUGUAAGUGGCUUUGUUGUAGUUUCUAAAGACGACGGACAAUUGCUCAAUUCCGACGACAGUAAGAUUGGAAAAAUAGCUGAGAUUCCAGGUAAAAGCGAAAGCCUCCCACAAGGCGGAAGUGUGUCGCAGAAUGAACAUGAACUAGCUGAUAGAGUUCAGAAUCUUUCCAAGGAAAAUGAACAACUUAAGGGGGUGCUGCUUCAGAACAAUGAACUCCUCGAGGUAGGGUUCAUUUCAAAUGUUAAUAUAAGUUGAAAUUAUGUGAAACCAGAGAAUACCUGAAGAGCUUCACUUUCUGGUCACAACUUAACAAAUACCUCUUAGCGCGGAGCUAGUUUGUUUGAGGAAAAUAAGGUGAUCCUACUUGCUGUAUAUUAACGAUAUCUGAUGCAUGACUGUAUUUCAUUUAGAUAUGACCCACAAAUGAGUCUACCUGAUACUGAUAUGAGCCUCUCUGACCUUCAACAAUAUUGAUGGUUUGUUUCAAACUCUUGGUCACUGGAGAUAAGUGCAAGAGCACAAAAGCAAAGGACAGUGGUUGCAGUGGUCAAUAAAUCUGUUGUUUCUGCCAACCUCAUUUUUAAUUUGUUUCCCUAUCAGUGAGAGGGUACCUUGUCUGAAAUGUCUAUUUGUUUGGUUGUUUUAUUGGUUCUGUUGAUCUUGUUUGUUUCUGAUCUGCAGCUUGUUUUCAAUUAAAAAGUUAUAUCAUUUUCAUAAAAGAGUCAAUCACCUUGCACUGCACCCUUACAAACAUUUAUUUUGUACAGGUUGUCAACAAACAAGGUAGUUUUAACUACUUUAGCUGGUGUUACGAGGCAAAAUUUGCUUAGAUUGAUGAGUUUUAAAGUACUUACCUAUUUCACUGCAAAACACUUUCCUAUAAUUUAUUGACAAUGAUCUCUUCUUGUUGAUUUUAUAGAAAUAUUUUGAAGAACUUGCAGACAUGCAGAAAUCUCAGAAACAGACAAAUGAGUCUUCACGCAAAGGGUAUGAACGUGCCAAGGAGAUGAUCAAGAACCUGCGAGAAAAGAAUGGAAAAUUAAAAACUGAACUGAAGAAUGAACAAAAUAAAACUUUGCAACUGGAGGAAGAGCUGUCCAAACUGAAGGAGGCAGAUCAAAAUGAAAAGUCUGCACAUCUUGAAGAAAGUUAUCAUAUAGACAAGGCUAACCCAGAUCAAGCGCAGUCUCUAAACGAAGUGGUGAAGAAGCUUGAAUCUGAAAGGGCCACCCUGGAAAUGAGUAACAGCAAACUGCAAGAACGUAUUUCCUGCCUAAAGGCCAUGCGAGAAGCUGAGCCGGUAAGAUUUACUUGUUCUGAAACUGUCACCCAAAUCUCACCAAGCCCUAGGUUUUCAGCUUCCCACCUUUCUAUUUUUUUUAGUUGUCUUUUUUUUUUCUAUUGACAGAACACUGAAACAGAUGACCUUGAAACUCUGGUUUCUCUUGACACCCUGUCCUCUGACAUUCCUCUCGAGAGUCCCGAAGCAGUUUGGGAGAACUUAAGGAAAGUUGAAACAGAAAAAGAAAUUUUGAAGGUAAAAUUGGAGGAGAUGAAAAUUGAGAGUGAGCAAAACCAACAACAGUUUAAUCAACUUGAGGAAGAACGCGACCAGCUUUUAAAGAAAAUUCAAGAUAUGGAGCAAAGGCAGGUAUUAGAAGAAGAAGAUAUUGAGCUGGAGGUAGCUGAAAACCAAGCUUCCACUGCAGCAGCCACAGAGCAAAUUGCUGCUUUGAGUGAACAGCUUAGAGUGCAGACAGAGGUGAUGAACAAUCUUACAAAGGAACAGAAUGCUUUGAGGCAGGAAAGAGACAUGUACAAGAAGAAGGCUGAAGAAAUUGAACAAGUAAAGAUACUUUUGUUGGUUGGUUGUUUCUGAUGACUUAAAAUGUGGACACAACUAAGAGAAAUGGAUAAAAUGAAGAGCAUUUUAUGAUCUUACACACAGUAGAAGCAGAAAGAGGGCAGAAUCUGUACUAGGAAUGGGGGUUUACACCAGAAUUAAAAGGAGUAAGGAAAUUGAGAGUUAACUUCAAUGUCUCUCUCUUACCUAUAAUCAUGUCUUUUCUUAGUAUGUCACAUCAAAAGAGUUCACUUUAGAUGGAAAUGAGAUUAAGUAUGUACUAUGUAUAUCCUUAAUUAAGUUUUCUUGGUUUUGUAGAGAAUCACUGAGAAUGUUGAAACUAUAGGAGAACAGCAGCAAAACUCUCCUGAAAAAGGCAGUGAUAAUCAGGAAGAACUAAAAGUAAAUGAACUACGCAAUACACUUGAAAAAGUGAAGAAAAACCUUUGGGAAUACCAGAAACGUGAAGGAGAUCUUCUGAACAGGGAGAAGGCUGUUCUUGAGAAGGAAGAAGAACAAAAGCAGGUGUGUUUUAUAUGUCUCAUUCUCCCCCGGCCAAGGCCUCUAAAAAAACAGCCAAAUCUUCCUCUCAAAAGACCAACUAAAUAAGGAGUCUCCUUUCACCCCUCAGGAGAUUAAAUUUCUGGAAAAAUUUGUGUUUUCUCCUCUCCCCUUCAGGAUUUUCCAUCGGUACUCACCAUACAUAUUCCAUAGAUCUGUGAGGAUCUUCCUUGCAAAUCAGUUGAAGGCAUCUUUACUUAUUUUAUUAAAUGUCAGUAAGAGCCUAAAAUGAAAUUUUUUUCACUUUCAAUGUUGUUCAUUGGAGCUCUCUCCACAAUGCAUUUUGAUUUAUGAUUUAAGCACAAAUUCAAAUUAACAGCAAAACCUAUAUACAUUAUGAUGUUUAAUGAUUGAUAGUUUAUCAGGUCAGUAAUCAUAAGAAAUAAGUUUGGCUUUGUCUCCUCUUAAUGCAGAUUAUGAAAGAAAAUGAGAAUGUAAAACAGCUUGCUGAAGCUCUAACAAAUAUUGAAGCACUUUCGCACAAAAAGAAGGGUCAGGAGAUAGAAGUAAACACUCUGAGGAGGCAGCUGAGUUCAGCUGCCUCAGAAAAUAUGAUUAAGUAUGUACUAUGUAUAUCCUUAAUUAUGUUUUCUUGAUUUUGUAGAGAACCACUGAGAAUGUUGAAACUAUAAAAGAACAGAAGCAAAACUCUCCUGAAAAAGGCAGUGAUAGUCAGGAAGAACUAAAAGGAAAUGAACAAUACAAAACACUUCAAAAAGUGAAGAAAAACCUUUGGCAAUACCAAAGACGUGAAGGAGAUCUUCUGAGCAGGGAGAAUGCUGUUCUUGAGAAGGAAGAAAAACAAAAGCAGGUGUGUUUUAUAUGUCUUAGUUUCUCCUGCCCAAGGUCUCUAGAAAACAGCCAAAUAUUCCUCAAAAAGACUAACCAAGUGAGGAAUCUUCUUUCACCACUCAGAAGAUUAAAUUUCAGGCAAAAUUUUGUGUUUUCUCCAUUUUAGGAUUUUUCAUUAGCACUCUGUCCAUACAUGUUCCAUAGAGCUGUGAGGAACAAAUUUCCUAGCAGAUCAAUAGAAGGCGUCUUUACUUAUUUUAUUAAUUGUCAGGGAGAGGCCACAAUGAAGUCUUUUCACUUUCAAUGGAGCCUUUAAGCAAUAAUAAGCAUUGUAGCUCUCUCCACAAUAUAUUUUAUGUACAGUUCAGUCACCUAAUCUGUUUUUUUUAUGAUUUAAGCACAAAUUCAAAUUAAUAGCAAUACAUACGUUCAUUAUGAAUUUUAAUGAUUGAUAGUUUAUCAGGUCGGUAAUCACUGAAAUAAGUUUGGCUUUGUCUCCCUUAAAUGCAGGUUAUGGAAGAGAAUGAGAACCUAAAAGAUCAGCUUGCUGAAGCUCAAAAAAAUAUUGAAGCACUUUCCCACAAAGAGAAGGGGCAGGAGGAAGAAGUAAACACUCUGAAGAGGCAGCUGAGUUCAGUAUCAGAUGAACUCACUGAGACGCAUGAACAGGAAGUUUCUCAGUUAAAGGAGUCAUUGCAGACAGUUAUUGACAGUGCCAAAGAAUUGAGAGUAACUGUUGAACAACUUAGGGAGGAGAAUGAAAAUCUUCAGAAACUUGUUGAGGAACUGAAAUUAAGUGCAAGUCAGAAGUGAGCAAUACAUGUCUUAGUGAAAAUCUUUCUUAGUUAGUGUGCUGUUGUCUUUGCAGAAAAUAGCUGUUUACUAUGGAAGAAUUCAAGGGUGUUAAAAAUCGAGAGGAGAUAUGGAGGGUGACUGAAAGUAUCUUAACCCUUUAACUCCCAUGAGUGACCAAGACAGAAUUUCUCCUUACAAUAUCAAUACAAUAUCAACCAGAUAAGUGAUGAGAAUAAAGACAAAUAUCAAUUUGGGGAUAAUUAGUUGGCCCAAUACUAAAUUCUCCGAGCUGACAUUAUAAGAAUUGUAUGGUUGACAGUAAGGAGAAUGACAAAUUUGAUCUGUGAGUUAAAGGGUUAAAUGGAAAGGAAGAUUUGAAGUGAAUCUGGUAUUAGCAGGAAAUGGGGUUGGGAAUGUAAACCAAAAUAUAGCUGUAUCAGAGGUGUGAAUAUUUUCUGUAGGAAACUUUUGCUUUUUUAACUCUUGACAAUUUGGGAGGGCUGAAUUAAAUGUUUUGUAUAUGGAGAAAAAAACUGUUUCUUGUAUAAAACAUACUGUGGUCUGAAAGAAGAUAUCUGAAAUUAAUUUUUAUAGGGAAGAGGAAAUACAGACUCUAAAGGAGGAAACAGUCAAAGUGUCCAAUGAACUGAAUGAGGUUCGGGAGCAGGAAGUUAACCGCUUAAAAGAAGAAUUGUCAGACAAGACUGAGGCACUGACAAAUGCAGAGAUUAACAUAAAAUCUAUGGAGACUCAAGUGACACAAUUAAUCAAGGAAAAUGAAAUUCUAACAGCAGAGAAGGAAAGGCUUAUAGACGAAUGCAUGCAACAGUAAGAUACAUAUUGUUCUCCAUGUUUCUUCUCGGGUCGGGUUGGGUCAAACACAGAAACAACCCAAUCAUAUGAAAAGCAUUCACUGCAAAUCCCUGUAUAAAAAAGAAAAAUCUCUAGAAUAGUAACGGAGCACAGGUUGCUUUAACCCUUUGACAUGUAAGAGUGACUAUCAUGUAAUUCCUCCUUGCAAUGUUACCAACUAAAUAAUUUCUUGACUGUUAAACAAAUUCUCCUCAUCAGCAGUUUAGGAACUACAUAGAGAACUGUAUUGAGAAUAUACUUAGUGAUCUGUGAAAUGUGAUGAAGUUGAAAUUUCAUUUCACUGGGGAGUUGAAGCAGGUUCUUGCUGUUUUACUUGGUUUUAAAUGCUCCAAACAUCUUCACUGAGUAGCGAGUUGCACACACUCCACAAUAACAGCUUUAAUCAUUUUCUUUGUAUUGUUGUUUUCUCAAGGGAAAAUAUGUAUCAAGAUCAUCUCCAUAAGAUCACUGAUGACAGUGAGAAGCAGAGAUUGAGGAGAGACCAAUUGAUCGAAAGUCUCAAAAAGAAUAUGUCAACCACUAAUGCAGAACUUAAGAAAACACGCCUAGAAAAGGAAACUGACAGGUACGUGAGUUUUGUUAGGAAUAACCAUUCUCUGUCUUGUGCGUCUUUUUUUCUGCUAUUUAAUGUACGUUCGGUUCAAAAGACAUAUUUAUCAAUUAGUUUUACCUACCAAGAAGAGACUGUGUAGUGAUUCUUUAGCCCUUUACUCCCUAGCAUCAGUAUGCUAGACAUUUCCUAGGGUUCUGACAAGGAGAAUUUGUUCAACAAUCAAGAGCUUCUUUAGCUGGUGAUCAUCUCCUUUAUUCUCAUGACAUUAAUGUGUGAUUUAGGGGUGAUGUCGUAAGGAGAUGUUAGUCACUCUCAGGGGUUAAAGGGUUAAAGUGGCAAAGUAGAAACGUGCAAGAAGGCGUUUCCAACAGUAAUAGGUAGCUAUUAAAAUGAUUAUCAGCGUUGGGAAUCGUUUUUUCUUUAUAUAAUUUUUUCAAUCAGGAUAUCCAGAAAUGCAAGGAUAUCAUGCUUCUCUACAGCCUCUCGGUAAACUAGGGCUGAAAUAAUCAUUUUAAAAUGAUGAAACAGUGUGAAAUGAUGAGAGUUAACAAUGAAGAAAGUUUAAAUUUGAACUGUUUAUCUUUAAAGGGCGGCCUUCCUACAACUCCAAGAGGAUUUAGAUCGUACAGCUGGAGACUACAAUGAACUUUUACAAGCAUACCACACAACGAGUCAAACGAAGACGGUUAGUCUUCUAUACUUAUUAAUUAGAAUCUCAUGAUACAUUUUCUGUGCUUCGUCAAUUCCUAGUUCCACUGUUUAUGUGACCUAAGAAUUCUCCCAUGAACUGUGAUGGGGCUGGUAAGGGGGGAGCAGGAAGCAGUGGGUGUGCAGCGCUUACCCCCCCCCCCUCCCCCAUCGAUCUUCACAGUUUUCACAUAGACUCCCAAUAUCAUGUUAGUGCAUGUUUAUUCACAGUAAAUUUCACUUGCUAUUUUCAUUAUUUUUAAUCAGUUCAACCUUAAACCGUUACUUCCACGUCGUACUUCUCCUUGCGAGCUUUCAUGUGCAUCUUUGUAAUUUUGUAAAGAUAAUUUGGAGUCUAGACGGUUUUAUCAGUGAAGAGAACCUUCUGACCUAGUAGCUGAUAAGUCUGACUACAGGCAGGGCUUGUCUUUUGUGUAGAAUGUAUUGAUAUUCUAAGGAGAAGUUACGUGUUUAUCUUUUCUGGGAGGGAAGGGUUCAGAGUAGCUAUCUGCAUCUCUUACCGAAAUGUCGAAUAUCCUGUAUUUUUUAUUUUCAGAAACACGAAGCCCACCUCCAAGAAGCUGACGAACACAGAAAGAAGUUGAAAGAAGACGUAAAGAUUAAAGAAGAUGAACUCGAUAAAGUACGUCAAGCAAAUUAUGAUCUGGAACAAGAGCUUAAAGCUCUACGGAAUGAACAAGAGAAGCGAUCGAUUCUCGAGCAAACAGUAAGUAAAAUUUUCACAUUACAGAAAUUAAGCGAAAUGCACGAAGCCGUUGCCCUUGGCUGAAACUUCUGACCACAGAAUAACGUUCUCUAAACUAUUGGUACUAAGUGACUCAAAUUGAUAGUACGUAUGAUAAUAAUAAAAAUAAUAAUAAUAAUAAUAAUAAUAAUAAUAAUGGUCAUGAUAUUAAUAUUUUCAUUAUCGUUACCAUUAUUGAUAAUGAUAAUGAUCAUACUAUUCCUAAUUAAGAGCAAAGUAUCGUGUGCUAUUGGAACGAAAUGGCUAAAAUCAAUAGUACUUAUGAUAAGAAUAUUACAUAUAAUGACGAUAACAUUAGUAUUAUUGAUAUCAAUAUCAUUAUCAUUGUUAUCGUUAUAGAUAAUGAUAAUGAUGACACUAGUUGUAAUUAGGAAAAAAAUGUUUUGGACUUCACACAUAUGCACUCGCAUAGAAAUUAAUUCUUUCAUUAUUAGAUUUUACGGUUGUUUUCGAUGUAGUGUCGUAAGCCAUUUUUUAUUAUAUUGGUAUUUUUUCACGUAGCGCUCUGAAUGAUCCGCUCCCUCAUCCAUUAUUCUUUCCAUUGAUUCAUCAUUGCUUCAUUUAUUCGUUCGUUCGCUCCCUUUAUUUAAUUAUUUAUUUAUUUAAUAAUUUGCCAAAGGCAGGUAAGUUUACAAUAGGACAAGGUUGUCCCCUACUAGGUAAAUUAUCUUUCCCUAUCCCUUACAGAUAGACAAAAUUGAAACCCAACCUACUUACAAGCCCCCAUGCAAGGAAAUAACAAAAUAUAUAAUCAUGUACGACAGAGAAAAAGAAAAAAAAACUAGUUGAUUGACAUGUACAAGAAUUAAGAGUACUGAAACGAUAUUUUACACAAACUAUUUUAAAAGAGGGGAUGUCGUCUUGAUUGAAAACUUUGCUAAGUGUUAGAUAAAUGAAAGAUUUUAGUUUUUUGACGAAAGACGGUAGUUCCUUUUCAGCUCUUAUAUUAUCUGGUAGGGCGUUCCAUAUGUUACAGAUUCUUACAAAAAAGGAAUCUUUAUGAAGUGAGGUUUUAGCUUUCUUAUUUUUGAGAAAAAGACCAGAGGCGCCACGGCGCGAGCGCCCACUACAUAACUCAAAGAUCUUCUAAACCUUGUUCUUCCUUUUGUUUGUUCUUUCUUUCGUCUAUUCUUUUUUUUUUAACAUCUAUUUUUUUAGUUCAUCUUUUUAAUAUUUUACUUUCAACACUUAGUUGCAUCAGUACGAGGCUGAUUUUCGAAUUGAACGCGAAGCCAGAGAGAAGCAACAUGGGGAGAUAUUGGGCCUGACUGAACAAGUCCAGCGGCUUCAGCAGGAAAACCAGCGAUAUCAGGAUGAGAUCUAUCAGUUAAGCAACAGGGGAUUCGUGGAAAUGCAACGCCGCCAUGCCAGUGUUCCUUAUCAUACCACAGACUACCCACCCCAUCAACAAGGAUCUCCCGGAGAAUGGUGUGCUGGAUUUCCUAGAAUGCCUUUUUUCACCCGUGGAUCCGAACAACCUGCAGAAACCGGGAGAGAGGGGGACAUGCGGAGUCCUGGAAGGGAACAACAAGUCUCUGCUCCACCGGUGGAUGAAAAUGAUUGGCAAUGUCCAACCUGUCGCGGGGUGUUCCCUAAUUUUGAUGCACUUCAGAUUCAUGCUGUGGCAUGCCAAGGACUCCAGCGACCACCUUCCGUAGGCGAUCUUCAGCAAAAUCAGUGUCCAAGCUGCAUGGAGUUAUUUCCUGAUAUAGAAACCCUGGAACUUCAUGUAGAGGAAUGUCUGGAUCAACAUCAAUAGUGAAAUUAUCCUGACCUCAACGUAUUUGACCGAACUGGAGGAUGUAUUGGCAAGAGGAGUGGACAGUCAGGGUGAACUGAACGUUAUAAAAUUCUUAACCACUAAGCAGUGAAACAGUUUGUUCCUAAGCUUUUUAUAUGAACAUUUUUAGCACGAAGCAGCAUUCUGUAUCGAUAAUUUGACGCUUAAAAUGAGUUUUAAAUGCAAGCAGAAGUCAUACAGGACACUGUGAGCUGUUCUGUUGGCCGUUUCACUUUACUUAAAUGAAAACCACGUCGGAAAAAGUCUUGAAAACUGCUUUAAUAGGAUUACAGCUUCGAUGCAAUUUACCGCGCUAUUUGUUGAAAGCGAGCAGAUCAACAUAGGGGACAGGUAAGUUUAACCGCAGGGGGCAGUAUGAUAACCAAGUUUUAAUUGACCUUAAAAUUUAGCUGACCAGUGAAGGUGUGACAAACUUGGCUUUUUGUGAGAUACAGAUAUGACGUAUUAUGUUACUCAUAUAUAAGUUUCAUUUUGGUAACGCAAUAUCCAAUUCAGCGGAUUUAGCCCACAACUUCGACGUGCUCUUGCGUUACUCUUGUUGUUCUGUAAAACUAAAAUCUCCUAGACAGUCUAAGACCGUAUUUAUCUGAUAUUACAACUGUAGUUCAAGGAUAGAUUAGGUAAUUUACACUCAUGAAUAAAGGGGUAAGUUUCUAAAGAAACUGUGGUGCUGCGUCGGUGGGAGAGUAUAGCAGGUAAUUUAGUGUUAACAACUGGGUUGAAAACGUAAAUUAGCCACCGUAAAG